GCAAGUUUCCACGUGUAACUUAUAAUAAUGUAAAAUAGAUUUUUAAAAGAAUUUUAAUAAUAAAUGUGGAUAAUUAGUGUUUGUUUGGAUUAUAGUUUCCAUGGCGAUUUCUAACGAGUUAAUACGAAAAGAAUAAGACAGUUUCAAAGAUGUAAACUGUAAAUACAUUUUCAAUAAACCUACGACUCUUUAUGUGGAUUCUCCAUAAUUUCAAAGACCUCAAAGAUAAAUAAUAAAUAAGCACUUUUCUCCUCAUUAAACUUGCCAACCAAUAUUUCCACAAUUCAUUGUCUUAAAUUCUCGUUCAAUCUGGGAAAUUGUAUGGAAAACGAGGGCAUAGUCCCAAUAAGCAACGGAGUCAUAGAGUUCAAUAUGGACACCAAAGCGAUCGACAUUUACUUUUUCCCACCGAGUCCACCUUCUAGAGCGGUUCUGAUGCUAAUGAAAGCUUUAAAUUUAGAGCACAACGUUAAAACCACCAAUCUUAUGGCUGGCGAUCAUAUGAAACCGGAAUUUUUAAAGAUGAAUCCAUUACAUACUAUUCCGGUGAUCAACGAUAACGGUUUCACGCUCUAUGACAGUCACGUAAUAAUGAAGUACUUGGUAGACCAGUACGCCAAAGACGACGCGUUAUUCCCGAAAGAUCCGAAAAAAAGCGCUUUGGUCAAUUUGCGUUGCCAAUUCAGCGGCAACUAUUUGUUUACCAAAUUCAGGGAUUAUGUGAUGCCUACGGUACAAUCAGGUCAAGUACCUUCGGAUCAAAGUUUGAAAGAGCUCGAAGAUGUUCUACAGUUGUUGAACAGUUUUUUGGAAAACCAAAUGUAUGUGGCGGGUGAAAAUUUGACAGUUGCCGAUUUUUCCAUUAUAACUAUCAUCACGACAAUUGACGCUUGCGGUUGUCUCGACAUAACGCAGUACCACAAUGUCUGGCUGUGGUACCAGAGAACCAAAAACGCCAUGAAAGGAUUCGGCUACGAGGAAGUGAACCAGACGGGAGCCAACGCUUUCGGUCAAAUAAUGCAACAAAUAACUAUUUUAUCUAUAAUACUUCUUUCAUUAAAAUUUGUAUGCUCUGAGAAUAUUGAUGUGACUACUCCUUUGUCACAAGCUCCAACAACUUCUACUCCAGAAAAACUACCAAAAACCGAAGACAAUGUAAUUUUAAACGCAAUGGAAAGCUACUUGACCGAAACCAAAAAACCAGAUCCACCUCAGACUCAACUGCAAACCGGUUACAUGUACCCAAUUUAUCCAACUGGAUAUUUUUAUCCAGGAGCAAGUAACGCAGUGGCUCCACCGAUAAGCCAGGAAGUGAAAAGCUACAACUAUUUUUCGACAGUUUUACCAGCAGCGCAAGCCCUGGACAAAGAAACAAUGAGAUCCCUAAUGACUCCAGAAAAAAUCGCCUCAGCUGCAGCUCUGGUUCAGGACGCCAUAGGAAAAUAUCAGCGACUGCAACGUGAAGUGGGACAAUAAUUUUUUGUUAAAAUAGAAGCAAUAUUUUAUUAGGAUU